AUGGCUCCCAUCACAAAGGAGACCGACUACCUCGUCAUUGGCGGUGGUAGCGGAGGCCUCGCCUCUGCGCGCAUGGCCAGCAACAAGUUUGGCGUUAAGGCUACCAUCGUCGAGAACAAGCGUCUUGGUGGAACUUGUGUCAAUGUUGGCUGCGUGCCAAAGAAGGUCACUUACAAUGCUGCCGCCCUCGCCGAGGCCAUUCACGACGCCAAAGCCUACGGCUUCUCCGUUGAGCAGACUGCUCCCUUCGACUGGGCCACCUUCAAGACCAAGCGUGAUGCCUACAUCAAGCGCCUGAACGGUAUCUACGAGCGAAACCUCGAGAAAGAUAAUGUCGACUACCUACAUGGAUGGGCUCGCCUCGUUUCCAAGAACCAGGCCGAGGUCACACUCGACGACAACACCAAGGUCCUCGUCAACGCCAAGAAGAUUCUUAUCGCUGUCGGCGGCAAGCCUACUAUCCCACCCGAGAUUCCCGGCGCCGAGUACGGCACCAACAGUGAUGGCUUCUUCGAUAUUUCCACACAGCCCAAGAAGGUUGCCAUUGUUGGCGCUGGCUACAUUGCCGUCGAGUUCGCUGGCAUGUUCAACGCUCUCGGAACCGAGACCCAUCUCUUCAUCCGUCACGACACAUUCCUCCGUAACUUCGACCCUAUGAUCCAAGAGGCUGUCACCAAGGAGUACGAGAGACUUGGAGUCAAGCUGCACAAGCGCUCCCAGGCCAGCAAGGUCGAGAAGGACUCCAAUGGCAAGCUUACUAUCACAUACAAGGACGACCAAGGCAACGAGAGCGUCGUGAGCGAUGUUGACAACCUGAUCUGGGCCAUUGGCCGUACUCCUGAGACCCACGGCAUCGGUCUGGAGGAGGCCGGGGUUAAGCUUGGCAAGACGGGACACAUCAUUGUUGACGAGUUCCAAAACACUGCUGUCGACAACAUUUACGCUCUUGGCGAUGUUACUGGAGAGGUCGAGCUGACGCCUGUUGCCAUCGCCGCUGGUCGCCGUCUCGCCCAUCGCCUGUUCGGCGGAGCUGAGUUUUCCAACCUGAAGCUCGAUUACAAGAACGUUCCUUCCGUUGUCUUCUCCCACCCCGAGGUCGGCAGUAUCGGUCUAACAGAGCCCGAGGCCAUUGAGAAAUAUGGCAAGGACAACAUCAAGAUCUACAAGACAAGCUUCACAGCUAUGUACUACGCCAUGAUGGAGCCAGAGGAUAAGGGGCCUACCAGCUACAAGCUGGUUGUUACUGGACCUGAGGAGAAGGUUGUUGGUCUGCACAUUAUGGGACUGGGCAGCGGCGAGAUGCUGCAGGGCUUCGGUGUGGCCAUCAAGAUGGGCGCCACCAAGGCCGACUUCGACAGCUGUGUUGCUAUUCACCCAACCAGCGCUGAAGAGAUUGUUACAAUGAAAUAG